CCAUAUCACACCCUGACCUAACAAAACAGAGAAAAACGGCUCUCUCGGGUCAGGGCGUGACAAGAGGGCUGCUGGUCUGGUUGAGUCUAUUCUCUCCUCUGUACAACAACAAGAUCACAUCUUUCAGGUUCUUCACAGUGCGCACCACUGAACAGCUCGAGCUUUAGAGCAAUGAACCAUUUGUUCGGAUGGAGAAGGCUUGCCAGACUGACGUUCAUGCUGCUAUAUUUUCUCAUUGAUGUACUCUGUGCUUCCCAGCAAACAGUCCAGUCUGAGAUUCAGCAGGUGAAAGGCAUCGCGGGACAGUCUUUCUCUUUUCAAGAGAGGGUGAUCAAGUCUGGCAAUUUACUUUAUGGAGAACUUGGCAGUAUUGCAAAUGUGUACCCUGGUAAACAAGGCAAAAUCACCCUUGAGAAGAGAUUUGAAAACCGCCUCCACUUGAACAAUGUUACAAGAUACUUCACUCUGUCAGACCUUCAGAUAGACGAUGCUGGGGUUUAUACUGUGGAGAAUACAGAUGAAGGAAAAAAAACAAAAAUUCAGCUCACUGUAUACAAUGUUGUUUCCAAACCUCAGUUGAGAGAGUGUGACAGCAGCUCCUGUAGUGUUGUGUGUUCUGUGGACAACGAAAAAGAGGUGACCUUGACCUUAUACAGGGGAGAAGAAAUACUAAACCAGACCAGCAGUCCUGAUCUCACCACCGAUCUAUCUCUCCGUUUGGAGGUAGAGGGAAAGGACUACAACUCCACCUACAGCUGUGUGGCUGCUAACCCUGUCAGCAAGGAGACAGUUCAUGUCCCAAAAUGUUGCAGUGAAGAUGGUCAUCCUAAUGAUGCAGACAGUGGUGAGAGGACUCGGGGUAUGCUUAUUAUUGCUGUAAUCUGCGUUUUGGUUGCCUCAGGGCUGGUUGGACUUGCAAUCUAUCAAAAGAAGAGUAGAAAUGGACACUCACAAGGCAGAUUCAUCCAAAAGAGUGCAAGUUGACAUUGAUUAUGCAUCGAUAACUCCUAAAAAACAAACAGAUAAUCAGGAGGAGUGAACAGAGAUACCAGAAUUGGAGUCGCGUAGACAACCCUAACCUGACAUCAGUUUAUGAUACACUCCUGUUACAUCGCAUGGCUGCCAGCGGGGAUGUUGACACAGCAUGAAGGAGAAAAACGGGAAGUCAAUGGGAGGCCGAAACGAUAACUCACAUUCUGUAGAGGUUGGUAUAUCAUAAAGAGGACAUUGAAACAAAAUUAAAGUAGAAAAAUAUUCACCCAGAUAACCUUUUAGUGGCACAGUUGUUAAUGGAGAAAAAUCCCCUGGAACUUUUGUACUGAUGUUAUAAUUUCAGGCAUUCUUUGUAGGUCAUUCUCACAGACGUUCUGUCAAAUAGGGGCCUCGAUGACAUCCACUGAUACGGACCAAUUCAAUAACUAUGCAUUGAGUAGUUAGCAGGAUCAGGAUAAUCCGUCUCUUUAAAUGCCUUUUGUUCCAAAUCCCAAUGUAUAAGUUAAAACAAAUGGAACAUAUAUUUUAAUAGAAUUCACUAGUGUUAUCUAUACUACUGCUGUGCCAAAGCUUAUUUUCAGUAUUGACUGUUUUGUUGUUUAAAUGUAGGUGCCUCCCCUGUAUCUUUUUAUAGCUGGUCAUUGUUUAGCUUGCCAGUGGAUAGCAGCUGUGUACAUAAUAUAAAAAAGAAGCUAUGGCUGUUAGGCUCCUUUAGAAACAAAAGGUCCAAAAAUAAACGUUUUCCUUUCACCAUGUAUGUUGUAUUGAAACAUUUCUGAGGGAUAGAUCUUGAUUUGCCAUUUAAUCUUGCGUGACAUUGUCCUCUUCUUAUCGCUUUUCGCAAAAUGUAGGCCUGGGCUAAAUUGUAGCUCUUAAUUAGCUUGUAUUGUUUAUUAUGAUGGACCAUUUAUUGGUUGUCCUUAUCUAUGUAGCACAUCCUCCCUUAAGAAUACAAUCACUCCCUCCUGCAGACUCCUGCUGACACUGUACACUCUCCUUCUAUCAGAGCAUGUUGUGCUCCACCUACAUUAGUGCAGCCUUUGUAUAUAUCUGUGCUAGCACAGGUUACUGUGACCCGGAAAUACCAAAUCUGUCGAUACCAUAGUGAGUUGUUGCACUGUAGGCUAUUCAUAUUAUACUACUCUAUUUCAGAGUAGUUACUGAGACUGACUAUGAAGACAUAAUUCACUUUUCACUAUUUUAAAAUAAUCUAUUGACUUAUUCAAACUGAUAAAAAAUAAACAUGUUGUACUGAGUUUCAAUAUAUUAAGUCAAAGACUUCCCUAUACAUUUCAUUUAAAGUCAUAAAAUGUGUAUAUUUCCUGAUGUUUAACAGUCAUCAAUACAUCAAUACCCAUGCUUGAAAUAUAUUAAUGUUUUACAUACCCUAUCACAACUCAAAAUAUGAUGGUAGAUUACUCCAUUCCCCGUUUAUGUUUUUGUUGUCAUUUAAAUCUGUGUAAACAAAUAAUGUAUUGCUUCAGAAUACCUAUGUAAACUGUCAUUCAUUGAAUCCAUAGCUGCCUCUAUGAGUUUGAGAGUGGAAACAUUUCUCCAGAAACACAACUCCAGAUUGUGGUUUUAAUGUAACCUACUUCUAGGGUCAAAUAGGAGGGACCACUGUAAUUGGUUGGUGGAUUCUCUAUUUAGCGAGUUUAAGUGUGUGACCUUUUGUUCUGUCACUUUGCAUGCCAGACAGCUGUACAUUUCAAAUUUAAAAACAAUUAUGGCUGUAAACAGUGAAUUACUUACUUUUUAUAUUAAAAUCCUAUAAAAUUCCCAGCUUUGUUUAGAGAAAACGUUGGUCUUUUCUUCCAAUCCAUUUCCUCCAUCUAGUGGUUGAAUGUUUUUAUAUUUCAGUAUACUGUAUACUGUACAUAAUGCAGUGUUUCACUCUGAGACAGUAUACUGUACAUAAUGCAGUGUUUCACUCUGAGACAGUAUACUGUAUACUGUACAUAAUGCAGUGUUUCGCUCUGAGACGGUGUACUGUAUACUGUACAUAAUGCAGUGUUUCACUCUGAGACAGUGCACUGUCAAUUGUGUAAGUGUAUCUUAAAUCAUGUGCAACCAAAAUGUUCUCUAACAACCUUUCUAUGCUUUAGACUAUAGUCACGCAUUUUUGUGCCAAUGUGCCAUUAUUAUAACAUUAUUGUGAGUAAAAAUUAAAACAUUUGUCAAAUAUGCCAUGUCGAUGCUAUUUGGUAGCAAAACAUGAGAGCCUCAUUUAUCAUUCUGUGUAUUUAUGUUAUUUAUGUUCAUUUUAAUAUUGUAAUAUUACUGUAUUAUUGUGUUUGUAUUAUUUAUAUGUUGUGGUAGAGUGUAAUAAUAUGUUGUUAUGUACUGUUUUAUUUUGUAUGUAAUUGCGUAAUCGUGAUUGGAUCCCAGGAAGAGUAUUUAAUAGGGACCUGGAAUAAAUACAAAUAGAAACGUUAUGUAAUUUAACACGAAAUUCAAAUAGCGCAAUAUUGUAAUUUGUUAAACUCCAAUGUUUCGUUACAGGAAAUGAGUAACCUUCCUACAGUGGUUCCUCCUUUAAAAAUUGCGAGUUUACACCGCGGGAGUUAGAGCUAUUUGAAACACACAUUCGUUUUCAGUCUGUAGCAGCAUGGAUAAAGUGAGCAUGCUGAAUUGAGGAAAUUACAAGUGUACCCCAGUCCAACCCCACGGAUUGUGACAUCAGCCUGGCUCACUGCGAUGGAGGAUUCUGGCCAACAGGGGGUGACCUUGCCACACACCGAGGGAGAACGAACAGCCCUUACUCAGAGGAGCAAGUCAGUAGGAGGAGUCAGAGAGAAGCUUCAAUCAGAGCUGAGAGGGAGAUGCGCGUCAUUGUAUGAUGGAACCCCAGCAGGACAAGAGGUGCGGAGCCAUUGCCUCACACACUCCUACGUUGAACUCCUCAUCACCGAGGGCAACGUCCAAUGGCACAACGAUAGGCAUGCUGCCACGCGACCCGUAAGGCCACCAUCAGAUAUGCCCACUGCUAAUGAGGAAGUAACGAUCAAGCUUGACGAUAUCUUCAAACCUCCGCUAUCUCCGGAUCGGCCUCAAGUAAAAACCGUCCUGACGAAGGGACCCGCGGGCUCAGGGAAGACAGCGAGUGUUCAGAAGUUUGUUUUGAACUGGGCCGAGGACAGAGCCAAUCAGGAAGUCGACUUCUUGUUUGUCUUUCCCUUCAGUGAACUCAAUUGGCUGAUAGACCGGAGCUUCAGUCUGAGUGGCCUCAUCAGCCACUUCCACUCGUCCAUGACGUCGGAGAGCGAGAACCCCGGUCUGGAUCUGAGUCGGUCUAAGGUGGUCUUCAUCUUGGACGGUUUGGACCAAUUCAACCUUCCCCUGGACUUUGAAAGCAUAUCAGUGGAGUCUGACAUCAAUAAGGAGAUGCCUUUGCCCAUCCUCCUAGCGAACCUCAUCUGGUGUCAGCUGCUUCUUCCCUUUGCCUACGUCUGGGUGAUCACUAGGCCUGCGGCUGCCAGUUUCAUCCCCAUCGACUUCCUCCCCCAACAACAGUGCUUGACGGAGAUACGCGGCUUCGACGACACCCAGAAGAGGGAGUUCUUUAGAAAGAGGUUUGGUCAUCAGAGUCUGGUGCACAAAGCUAUCGCCCUAGUCAUGAAAGCUAUUGCCCCUGAGUCAUCACGGAACCUCUGCGUCCUGUGUCAAACACCGUUGUGCUGUGAGAUGUUGGCAGCCAUUUUAGAAAACACUGAGGCGGGAGAGUGUGUCGAGAUAGACACUCUGACGCAACUAUACACUCACUUUUUGCUUGUUCGGAUCGGUUUGAAGAACGGUCGAAAUGGUGAACACUCAGAAUCAAUCAGAGAGGUUGUUCGUAAGCUUGGGAAGCUGGCUUUUUUACAACUGGAAAGAGGAAGCCUCAUAUUCAGCGAGAGCGAUGUGAAGGAAUGCGGAAUCGACCUCUCUAAAAGUUCCACAUUCCACAGGUUGUGUAGGCCGCUCAUCGCAGGGUGUGAGAUGUACCUGGAGGAAAUGUACCGCUUUGCAUACACAGGCAUUCAAGACUACCUAGCUGCUCUGCACGUGUUUCUCACCUACACAAAUAAAAGGAGAAACCUACUACUCCAACCUACUACACUCUUUGAUCGAUUGAAAGGAACGUUCAGGAGAGCAUCCCUUUUAGACCUCCACAGAUGCUCCGUGGACAGGGUUUUACGGAAUACGCACGGAACUUAUGACCUCUUCCUCUGCUUCCUCCUUGGCCUCUCAACAACACCCAAACAGACUCUCUUAGAUCUAGUAUGUCUAGGGAAAGGUUUAAAGGUCACAGGCUCCAAGGGGAUCACAGAGAUCACGGCGGAAUACAUUAAGCAGGCGAUCAAGGCUGAGCCUUACCCUCAGUCCACCGUGGCGCUUUUCCGCGGUCUGCGGGAGCUAGGGGACGCCUCGCUGGGCAGGGAGGUCCGACGCUACCUGACCUCCGAGUCCCGGUGGGGAUUCCUGCUGGAGCCCGACCAAUGCUGGGAGCUGGCAGACAUGCUUUGGGCAGGCGGGGAGAUGGAGAGGGAAGUGUUUAGGGAAAUGGAACGUUUGAGUUGGAUGCGCCGAAUGAGCAUGUGGGGCUUUUGGAGGAUGCAGACUGUGCUGGGGGACAGACACUGGCAGGUCUACUAGAAAGACAUUGCUGUAUGAAUGGUCUACUAGGGAGAUAUCACCACAGACUGUACUGCCACAUCUACUAAAUUGCCACUGCAGAGACUGUUGAGGAAUUUCAAGUUUAGAGAGGUGUAUAGGUACAUUAGGAAGGUAGGUUUGAGUGUUUUUUUGUAGAGAGAAAAAGUGAUGAUUGCAAUCCAUGUUUAUUGCUCUGAGUAGUGGGUAGUAGUGUCUACUGAAAAAUCUUAAAAUGAAUCGAUUCUUCAAACAAACUUUAUUUGCUUAGAUCUUUGUUCAAGCUAACUUGCCGAUCACAUGGCAGAAGUCAUAGCGCAGUUGAGGUUGGUCAUAGUGCCAAUAGACUCCAGGUAGAAGUGCCACGUCAGAGCACCUCUCCAUUUGUUUGAUACCUUCUUUACCGCCACCACCCUGAACAGCUCGUAGGGUGGCACCAGCACAUUGAGGCCUGAAGAGGAGCGGCAGUAGCGCGAAAGCGAGCGGGGCAGCAGGUGUCCGUGGCACGUCCGGAUGGUCAGGUCAAAGCUGGAGCUGUACCGCCGCGUGGACGCCAGGACAAAGUGCCCGGUGCGCACCUGAUCCCCCACCUCCCCUCGCAAGUUGUCCCCGUGCCCGCUGUUAGCAUACACCAGCAGGCAGCCCUUCCCAUCCUGCUCUGCCUCUGCCUCCUCCCGCCCUAUCAGGAGCCGCAGGGCAUCGGUCAGCAGGAAGUGGAGGGACUUGAACAGGAAGUACCGGCGGUAAACAUUGGCGUCGGGGCCCAGAGAACUGGCUUCCACGUCAAAGAUCAAAGGGAAGGUGCGGUUGUAUGUGUUUGUGUAGAGGGUCAGCGCUGUGACAUGGAGGUCGGUGAGGUUCGCCACCGUCACGUUGCAGCGUUCAGCUUGCGACCAGGCGGUGGAGAAAGAGGGGCUGGCCUGGCGUUCCCUGGUCAGCAGGUCGCCCGUGGUGAUGUUCCCCAUCAUCUCCUCCCUGCACGUCGGGUAGCGGUCGUCCACCGAGCUCAGUUCCAUGUUCAACCGCUCCUCAUCACACCGACACUGGCACUGCCGAGAACAACUAUACAGAAUUACAAUCAUUCUGGCACUGCAGAGGAUAGCUAUACAGCAUUACAAUCAUUCUGGCACAACUGAGGACAGCGAUACAGUGUUAGAAGAAUUCUGGCACUACUGAGGACAGCUAUACAGUGUUAGAAACAUUCUGGCACUACUGAGGACAGCUAUAUAGUGUUAGAAGCAUUCUGGCACUACUGAGGACAGCUAUACAGUGUUAGAAUCAUUCUGCCACUGCAGAGGACAGCUAUACAGUGUUACAAUAAUUCUGGCACUGCUGAGGACAGCUAUUCAUUGUUAGCAUAUAUACUGUAUAUGGCUACAUAUAUAAAUAUAAAGCUCUGGCUUCCUGUAAAUUGUGUCACCAAUAUAUUCAAAUAAUAUGUACAACUGGGGUGACAGGUAGCCUAGUGGUUAGAGCAUUUGGCCAGUAACCGAAAGGUUAACCCACUGUUCCUAGGCCGUCAUUGUAAAUAAGAAUUUGUUCUUAACUGACUUGCCUAGUUAAAUAAAGAAUAAAUAAGUAAAAUAAAACUGGGGUCACCCACCUUUGCACUGUUGACUGUAGUGAGCAUUGUUGCCAAGAGCAACAGGACUCGUGCCAAGUAUUUCAUAAUAAUGCAGGUUGACAGCAAAACAACCUGUUGAUAGAAUGUUGGAAAAUAAUCUCUAAUUUCCUAAUACUAGUAUUUUUACAAUGAAACAAAAUGACUGAUGAAUCUUGGUCAGUCAGUCGUGACUGCUAGAACCUGAAGUUGAUCACCUAAUGUGGAGUUGAAACACAAACUAAUGUAUAUAUAAUUCAAUUGACUUUCAAAUUAACUUUAAAACAGAUCAUUGAAAAAUAUUGUGUUUUCUGAUUAUUAUGGUGUGUGUGUUUGCCAGCAAGUGUGUGUCCUUACCGGAUCUCUGUCCUCUCUUUGUCCAGUCCCAGAUAGUUUUAUCUGACACUUUAGGUCUAUCCUGUUAAGCAGUUCUGUUUUUUACACACAUGAAUUCAGAUGAAGGAAAGGAAACUAUUGAGAUUAAACUACUGUUCGACCCAGCGUGCACUGACCCUCAACGCCCACACAUGAAUUGGCCAAUAUCACCCACAGUCACUCUCUCCCAAUCCUUGUGAGUUGGUUUCCCAAAGGCCAGAAGAAAUUGUAGUGUACAUGCCAUAACUUAUUAGUAUAACUUUUGAAAUCGUGGGUGUAUUUUGUGGUGACAGGCUUACAAAUACGUAUAUGCAACCCCCAAAAAAUUGCAUGAGCUAAUUAACAAUAAAUGCAUUUAUUUUCAGAAUGCUGGAUACAAUAAUGCUCAAACGCAAGAAAAACCCAGCAGCGUUGCGGACAUGUACAAUCCAUGUCUCAGUUGUCUCAAGGCUUAAAAAUCCUUCUUUAACCUGCCUCCUCCACUUCAUCUACACUGAUUGAAAUGGAUUUAACAGGUGACAUCAAUAAGGGAUCGUAGCUUUCACCUGGUUUUAUCUGGUCAGUCUAUGUCAUGGAAAGAGCAGGUGUUCAUUAACUUAAUUACUGUUUAAAGAUUGUGCAUUUAGCUUGUUGAUACAUUAGCUAUAAUGUAAAAAAUGCACUACUAAUUGCCGUUCUAUUAAAAUCAAUGAAACCAUAA